AUGGCAAAGGAUCGGCUGGUGGUGGGGGACACGGGGCAGGCGCAUCCCGUCAAGACAAGCAAAUCCCGUCAAGGCAAGUGCUUCCCGUCAAGGCAAGUGCUUCCCGUGGGAGAGCCGAAUCAAAACGGUAUCCAUCAAUAUCCACUCUCCGCACUCUCCGUGCUCUCCAAACUGUGCCAGCCGGGAUCGGAGCACAAAGCAUUUUUCGGGAUCGCCCAGGACCAGGCGAGGGCGGUCGAUACCUUCGAGCGACUCGCCAACGAUGGCCACAGCGCUUUCCGCUGGUACAGCAAGUCGGCCGACUUGGACGGCUCGCAUGCACGGCGGAUAGUUGGUGUUUACCGCUGCAAUGAGAGCGGGGUUGCCCUCAACUACGUCAAGGACGUUGACGCUGCGAUCGACUGUUACAGUAAAGCCACUGACCAGCGUCUACACUGGGCCGUCUCCAAUCUCAAGAACAUUGGCAUAUGGUCCUGA